AAACCUUAACUAUUUCCUACCAUUUUAUUAAAAUGGAACUGAUAAUAUUUUUCAUGCUGAUAGUAACAUGCUGCGGUAAAAAUUUGGAGACCUUUUACAAUUGCAGCUUUUGUCAGCCAGAACAGAUACAUAUUUCUUUUGGUGGUAAGCUUUCAAGUUUUUCUAUAUCCUCUGUUUCAUAGCACACGAGUCUUGGUUUUACUUAUCACUGUUUCUUCACCGACUCCGCAGAAAAGGUAAAUGACAUAGUGGUGACAUGGUCGACAUUCGACGACCCUGGCGAGUCACGCGUACAGUACGGCGAAGAUGACAUGGACCACGAGGCAGUGGGCUCCAGCGAAUUGUUCGUAGACGGGGGAACCUUGAAGCGAAGCCAGUACAUACACUCCGUCACGCUGAGGGACCUCAAGCUUGACACUCAAUAUGGUAACAUUUCGAUGGGAACCAUUGUACUCUAGAUCUGGUAAUUAAAGUACCUGUGAAUACCUAGGAAUUGGGUAGGAACUUCCCUAAGGAGAAGUCAGAACUUCUGACUUAACUAUCUUCUGACUCAGAAGAUAGUUAACUAACCUUAUACCUACUAUAAUACUGUCAUAUGACAUGCGUGACAAAAGCUAUCGGAAAGCCUUUCUUAUUCUGGGAAUACAAAUGAAAAAGUACCUAUGUGUACUUAUAACAUGUGUAUAAAAUCGGUACUGCUCAUCAUACAGAAUACCACGCGGGUUCAAAGUAUGCUUGGUCAGAGAAGUUCUCGUUCCGCACAUUUUCUGAAGACGGUCCCGUUCGCGCCGCUAUCUACGGCGACUUGGGCAACGCGAAUGCACAGGUUAGUUUUAGUCCUGACCACGUAUAUCUGCCACCUAGUAGGAUAUAAUAAAGUUCCUGUUUUAGUCACUACCAUACCUACAAGACGAGGCUGAGCGCAAUUAUUACGAUCUGAUCCUGCAUGUGGGAGAUUUCGCUUACAACAUGGACGAUAAUGACGCUCUCGUUGGCGAUGAGUUCAUGCGACAGAUACAGCCGAUAGCUGCCAUAGUGCCCUACAUGACUUGUCCCGGAAACCAUGAGCGUGCUUACAACUUCAGCAACUAUGCGGCGCGGUUCUCGAUGCCUGGACGGGACUCCAGCCUGUUCUACAGCUUCGACGUGGGUCCUGUUCACUUCGUCUCCAUCUCCACUGAGGUCUACCACUCCAGGGAAUUAAAUGAAAAACUCAUUAGCCGUCAAUAUGACUGGGUCAAAAAUGAUCUUGAAAGAGCCAAUCUUCCAGAAAAUAGAUCGAAGAGACCGUGGAUUAUGUUGUUUGGACACCGACCGAUGUAUUGUUCCAAUAUUCUCUCAGAUUGCGACAGUGAAUCUACGAGGUUCGGCAUCGAUGGAAAGUGGGCUCUGGAGCCGUUCCUCAAGGACUAUGGCGUGGACCUCGUCAUCUGGGCACACGAGCAUUCCUACGAGAGAACAUAUCCGUUGUACGAUGGCAAGGUGCACAAGGGCUCGGAAGAACAACCUUAUGUUAAUCCUGGGGCCCCAGUGCAUAUCAUAACUGGCUCGGCUGGAUGCAAAGAGGAACAUCAUAAACCAUUCAACAGUAGCCAUGCCGACUGGUCUGUGUUCAGGAGUCUCGACUAUGGCUACACUAGAUUUAUCGCUUAUAACAAGACACAUAUAUACAUGGAACAGGUGGAUGUCGAUCUAGAGGGAGAAGUGAUCGACUCCUUCUGGCUCAUCAAGGAUGAACACAAAGCUUACGAAUUCUGAAGUAACUGAAAAAAUAAAGAUGCUUGUGGAAGAGCAGAAAAAACUAUUUACUUGGAUACUAAAAUAAAACUAUUAUACUUAAGGUGUUGUGUAUUAAUUUAUAAAUACUUUCUCUAUGCUAAUAAAAUACACGCCUGCCUAAUUGUGGACGGUGCCUAACCUUUUGCCAAUUAUGUUUAGGUUGGCUUACAAUAACCGAAUGCAGCAGAGUACCUACCCGUGGGCGACAGGCAGCGACCUCCACAACUGUUAGCUGAGCAACAUGAUACCCUUGCAAUAUAGGUAGCAACACUUUCAGUGUUCUGUCGAUCUGUUAGGACUGCCAAAGAUAUACAAAUGACGGUUGCAACGUAGCCAGUACCCCCAAAUUGAAUGCCCUUUAAAACAUGGAGCAACUCUAGAACAUACUUAGAUUGUCAUCUAUCCAAGCGUUACAACGCGUUGUCUAAGUUCUGACUGACCGAUCCGUGCUGCUGCAAUGUAGCCACUACCUCCUCAAAGGCUCAAAAUAUGUAUCUUCAAGAUAUUGGACGGUUCUUAAAGUGCUUCUAGAAACACAUCUACUCCAAGGUCCAAAGCUCUAGGAUCUUCUACUAUCUACCGAUACGGUUUGCAAACUCACUCUUGGUAAAUUAGGAAGCCUUGAAGAAAAAACAAAGCACGAUCGUAGUGCCGUGCCGAGCACGAGAAACAAGCUACAACUAUUUUUACAGAAAACUUGUCACU